GGCGACCUUUCCCUCGUUCGCAUGCGCAAAAUACAUCCAACCACAUUAUCUUUUCACUCCCUUUACAAUGGUUUGCGCAUGGGCAGAAAGAAGGCGAACACACCGCUGCCUUUAACUUUGCUUGCGUUGUUAAAAAAAAAAAGACAAACGAAAAUAAAUGAUUUUUUUAAAAAAUAUCAGUUAGAGGGGAAAAAACCAAAACAAUAAUAGCGCAUAGCUUUUAAAACUUUACGAAGGAAACAAACUUUUGAGUUCAGUAGAACUCUUCAUUAGGUUGGGCGCUAACAAAAAAGGGGGGGUGAGACAAAGGAUUUUAGCGGAUGUCAUUAGAUGCUUUCGUAACAGUUUUUUGAUAGAAUGGAGGCAAUGCUUAAAAAAAGGCACAAGCCAGCAGUUAGAUCUUUACCAUCACACCCGUCGCUGGCGAGAGCCCUUUCGCUAUCCACCAGAGCGUGAGAGAAGCAAGACCGGGGCCGCUGAGGAGAGGAGCCGCUAGGGAAAAGGUCGGGGCUGGAGGACACUCGUGUGGGAAGAAGGCGAGGUGGAGAAGAAGGCCUGCGCUGGGUGGGAACUUAAAGCGGCUGGAAGGCGGGACGGAUGCUACUCUGGGAGGAGCGGCUUCUCCGCCUCCCCGAGCGGGCUGGGAUGCCGAGGGGAGCAGUUUGUUUCUUUCCCGCCGCCGCCGGGCCGUGGCGAGGGACUUUUCUCAGGAGCCUCGUUUGCAACUCUUGGCCUCAGAGGCGUUGAGAGUGACUGCUCAGUCAGCGGUGGGUUUCUUCCACGUCAAGCUCCCUUUCCCUCUUCAGCAGUGCACUUGUGGGUACCGAAGCCGCUCGGGUCCCAUGCUGUGGUUGGAAAGGCGCUGCGCUGUCCGGCCGCCUGCUUUGCCCUGGUGAGGCGCUGUGGAGAGCCGCUUUGGUAAUUGGACGAGCAGAAAGAGAAGACGAGGCUCGCUGCUUGCUUCUGCGGGCGCCUAGCGAAGAGGGGUUUGCGAAGACGGCCCUGGCGUAGCCGCUGCAGCAGCCAUGGGACUGCAGCCCCUGGAAUUCAGCGAUUGCUACCUGGACAGCCCUUGGUUCCGGGAAAGGAUCCGAGCCCACGAAGCUGAGCUGGAGAAAACCAACAAGUUUAUUAAGGAGUUGCUUAAGGAUGGCAAGAACCUCAUUGCCGCGACCAAGAAUCUUUCAGCUGCCCAAAGAAAGUUUGCCCAUUCACUGAGAGACUUUAGGUUUGAGUGUAUUGGUGAUGCAGAAACAGAUGAUGAACGAUGUAUAGAUGCAUCCCUCCAUGAAUUCUCUAACUUUCUGAAAAAUCUAGAAGAACAAAGAGAGAUACUGGCCCUUAGUGUUACUGAAACUCUGAUCAAACCUCUGGAAAGAUUCAGAAAAGAGCAACUUGGAGCUGUAAAGGAAGAAAAGAAGCGGUUUGAUAAAGAAACAGAAAAAAACUACAGUUUACUAGAGAAGCAUUUAAAUAUGUCUACUAAGAAGAAAGAAACUCAGCAAUUGGAGGCAGACUAUCAAGUGGAGCAAAACCGAAAACAUUUUUAUGAGCUAUCGCUUGAAUAUGUGUGUAAACUACAAGAGAUACAAGAACGAAAGAAAUUCGAAUUUGUAGAACCUGUCUUGUCAUUUUUUCAGGGAAUGUUCACUUUUUAUCAUCAGGGUUAUGAGCUUGCCAAAGAUUUUAAUCAUUACAAAAUGGCUCUGCAGAUCAAUAUCCAGAAUACAAGAAAUCGUUUUGAAGGAACCAGAUCAGAAGUGGAAGACCUCAUGAACAAAAUCAAGCGAAAUCCUCAGGAACAUAAAAGAGCAAAUCAGUUUUCAAUGGAAGGCUAUCUUUAUGUGCAGGAGAAAAGACCUGCACCAUUUGGGUCCAGCUGGGUAAAACAUUACUGCAUGUACAAGAAAGAAACAAAGAAGUUUACCAUGAUACCAUUUGAGCACAGGUCGGGAGGGAAGAUUGGUGAGUUGGAAGUCUUCCUCCUUAAGUACUGUACCAAAAGGAAUGCUGAUACUAUAGAUAGGCGGUUCUGUUUUGAUAUGGAAGCAUUAGACCGACCUGGUAUGGCUGUUACCAUGCAAGCAUCCUCAGAAGAGGACAGAAACCUUUGGUUUGAAGCUUUAGAUGGAAAAGAAGCUGUGUUUCUCAAUUUAAACAGGGCUAACAUGAAAAGGGAAGUAAGUGCACAGUUGGAUAAAAUUGGGUUCGCAGUUCUGAGAAAAUGCAUCAGUGCUGUUGAAACAAGAGGUAUAAAUGACCAAGGACUGUAUAGAGUUGUGGGGGUGAGUUCAAAGGUCCAGAGACUUCUGAAUUUGUUGAUGGAUGCAAAAACAUGUAAUGAAGUUGAUCUGGAAAAUUCCAUGGAAUGGGAAGUGAAGACAAUAACAAGUGCAAUGAAACAAUACUUGAGAAGCCUUCCAGAGCCCCUAAUGACGUAUGAAUUGCACGGAAAGUUCAUCGUUCCUGCCAAAAGUGGCAGCCCUGAGUCUCGUGUUAAUGCUAUCCACUUCUUGGUUCAUAAACUUCCAGAGAAGAACAAAGAAAUGCUAGAUAUUUUGGUGAAACACUUAGCAAACGUUUCAAACCAUGCCAAGAAGAAUCUCAUGACUGUAGCGAAUUUGGGAGUAGUGUUUGGACCAACUUUAAUGCGGCCACAGGAAGAAACUGUGGCUGCCCUCAUGGACCUGAAGUUUCAGAACAUUGUAGUGGAGAUCCUAAUUGAAAACCAUGAUAAGAUUUUCCAAACUCUGCCUGAUGCCACUUUCCCUGAGCCAAUCUCUGUGCCAGUAUCUCCUCCAAAUGCCCCACCACGACAAUCAAGAAGACAAGGGCAACGUAAUAAGAGGCCCAUUGCUGUAUAUAAUCUGUGUCUUGAGCUGGAUGACAGUGACAGUCUUAGCCCUCCAAAAGAAUGCACACUCACUGGUAGCAUGGAUUCCCUGUCUUCUCAGUCUCCUACUGCUGCUGUCCCCAGCAGCCCUCCAGAGGCAGAGAAAAAUCAGCUUGUAACUGACAGUGGUGACUUAACAGACAGGACAGCAAAUCCCUUCAGUGAGAUUCAUACAUCUAUGGUCUCCUGGAUGAAAGCACAGACAUGUGCAGCAUCUACCUCUGUCACACCAGCAUUAUUGACUUUCUCCUUUCCCAGCCCUAUCAGAGAGACUGACACACCAGCUGGAAGUGUUGUCAACAGAAAAGCAAGAGCAGUGUAUCCAUGUGAGGCGGAGCAUAGCUCUGAAUUAUCUUUUCAAAUUGGGGCAGUUUUUGAAGAUGUGCAGUUUUCCCGAGAACCCGGCUGGCUAGAAGGAACGCUAAAUGGGAAGAGAGGACUGAUUCCCCAAAACUAUGUCCAGUUUCUUUAGUUCCGUUCAUUGAAUGCCUGGAAGGUGUACAUGGUAUCCAUGGAUUUCCCCCUCGUUUUAUACAGUUGCUUCUCUUUGCUUCACAUGUUUUUAAUCGGUGCAGAACCUGACAAUGAGAUGAAGACCUCCAUCUGUAUAAAGGCUUAAUAUUUUGUCAAAUAGGAAUUAUGCAGUAAUUUUAUAUGGGGGGAAAGGGUGGUUUAAUAUUAUAAAUAGUACUUUAAGUUUGUAAAGAGUAAUAAUUAUAUGUAUGUAUGUUUGUAAGAUAACCUGAAUGUUAAAUCAAAGAAAGACUUGAUUGAUUUGUGAACCAACCACCAGUUAAAGAAAACUGUAAAAGUAUUCACUUGUAUUCUUACCAUUUGAGAGAUUUGAAACUUUUUUCCGGUUCCAAUUCCACCUCUUGCAUACCCAACAAAACUAACCUGUUCGUCAUUUAGAUUAAUACUUCGUUAGUGUUGUAGACUGGUACCUUUGUGAGGGUUACAGCAGGCUACUUCAGUGUUAAUUGUUAAUAUAAUUAUCCCUUAUGGGAAAAAUAGUUGAAACCCACAAGAAGGAAGAAUAAAAUAACAACUUUCAGAUGUCUGCAGUGUAUAGAUAAAUUUAUACAAAUUGUAUGGCUUCACACAUAUGAUCCUUGGAGCUGUAUAUAUUUUUCUGCCUUCAACUGAGUGAAAUCAAGAACAUCUAUUUACUAUUCAUGCUGUAGAAAGUGUGUUUACUGUUUCUGAUACUCUGUUGAUGGAAAUUCACUUUUAUUUAGGCCUAAACUAGAAGUGACAUGCACUUACUUGUAUCGUUCCUCUGACAUUUUUAUUUUUCAACCAAAUGAAAGUUACAUGUCUAAGGCUAACAUGGAGGAAUAGGAAGGGGGACCAACCGACACUUCUUCUACAGCUUUUUUAAAAACUAAAAAAUCUUCCACCCUUUUCCCACCCAUGGGUAUUCUUAUCUUUCUGCCAACAUUGGAAAGCUUUUUCUUUUCCUUUUUUUUGCAGCUGGGGGGGUGAGGUGAUUUUUGACCAGAAAAAAUAGGUAGAAGGGAAAGAUUUAAGGAGCUUCCUUACCACCACACUAGCUGCUUUUGAUUUUAUUUUUUUAAGUUGGAUACACUUAACUAUGUAUUAUGUCCACUUUGGGCCUUAGAUGUUCAUGUAACUUGGUGCACAAUGAGGGAUAAUUUAUGCACUGCUUAUUUCCAACAGAAGAAUGGAAGGGCUGUCAAAUAGUUUAAAAUGAUAGUAAUGCAAAAAGAAGAGCUACAUUUUAUUGCAAUAUAUUUUUCACUUGUGAUUGUAGGUUUUCACAUGUAUUAUUAAUUUGCUAUGACCAGAGUCAUGUAAAUACACUUUUUAAAAAAGAAUUUGUUUUAUUUUGUCUCUGGGUUUGAUACCCUUGACCGAAGAACGGUACACUCCUAUCUGGGAUGGUCAUCCUCUUCCACCGAGCGUGGAGCUUCUGGAGGGAUGCACAUGGAGCGGUGAGGGAGGAAGGGGACACCCGCCUAGCCAGCCAAAUCAGCCGAAUCAACCCUGGCGAUCAAUGAUAGAUGUCGCAGCCAGAUCGCACUCACAUACUGGGUUUGAUAAAAGACAAGGAACUACUUAAAACAGAUGUAUACAAAUUAUGAUUUCUGCAUGCAAAUACAUCACUUCAUCGCUAAGUGCUUGAUGAUUCUCAGUUGAAAGUGUAAACUAUUGCAGUUGAAAAGUGUUGGGUCUGAAUUGACUUCAAAUAAUGUGACUAACAAAUGUAUUACGACAUAGGUUUUUGUGGACUACAGUCCACUUCAUCUGAUAAUUGUAUUACAGCAUAAUAAAUUUGGUUAGUCUUUAAGAUGCCAUAAGACUGCUGUUUACAGACCAGCGAAAGAAAUUGUUCGUGUCAUUAGCUUUGAUAAGGGUGCUCAUGUUAGGGGCCACUGAUGUAGCCACUAUGCCUCUGAAGUAGAGCAGAUAUGGGGACUAUUUAGCAUUAAUUGUUAUGUGUACAUCCUAGAUGUAUGUUUUUCUACCUCAUGCAGAAUGCUUUUACACACACAUGGCCUGUUACAGCAAAGCAAGCCAAGAGUAGAAGCUUCCUUUAACAUGGAAGCUGUCGUUGUGAGUUAGGCUGUGCAGACCAUGUGGGAAACAGAGUAUAUACACUUUUUCCCUGAAGGCAAGGACUGUUUAGAAGUACAGACAGAGCUCCCCUGUGAUGGACAGGAUCACAAGUUUUUAUUCAUAGCUACUGUUACCAAGGGGAUUCUGUACCCCCACCCUACCCCAAAGGGUGAUCCCUGCACAUACUUUUAAGAUUGCAGUACAUAUUUUUCUUCCCAACAGAGGCAGAGCAGAAUUGGAUCCACUUAGCCUUCUGCAAAACUUUAUGAGAAGUGGAACUUGAACUCCUGCAUCAAAAUCCAUAAUUUGGUUUAAGUAGGUUCUUUUUCUUGCUGAUUUCUCCAAUAAAACA